CCUAUAAAGUGGAAGGACCGGAUUGUUGUGGUUCGGUUAGAUUCCUAUUCGUGUAGUCAAUAACAGAGACAAACUGCUGUUCACCUGAACUGGGAGUCGGAAUAAAUCCGUAAUUACUGACAGUAUUGGUGAUUAUUUGUUUUUCAAACUAAAAGCACAAAUAAAAGCGAGCGCGAGCCAAUUUGGGAACAACUUCCGGGACUGAGGAAACUGACAGAACCUGAGAUCUGAACAACUCUCAUCUUUGGAAAUGCUAAGCGUGUGCUGAAGCCAGCAUAUGCUGCGGCUGCAGGCAUGUGUGCUGCAGCGCAGACGGACCUGUACGCCGUGCUGGGAGCCCACCCCUCAGACUCAGUCCAGCAGCUCAGACGCAGAUAUCAGCAACUUGCUUUGCAGUUCCACCCGGACCGUGUGGGGGGAGAGCACUCCUCAACAGCAGAGUCUGCAGUCAGCAGGUUUCUGGAGGUGGAUGCAGCCUGGAAGAUCCUCAGCGACCAGAACACGAGGAGGCAGUACGACUCUCAGAGGAGAGCUGAGGCGCUGACACAGGACUGCCCAGUGGACUCUACAGUUCACCUGGAGGACAUGAACUUUGACCUGGAUGACCACAUGUACGCGUACGACUGUCGCUGCGGAGGAGGGUUCAGCAUCUCGGAGCAGGAGGUGGAGGAGGAGACGGAGCGGGAGGACAGGGAGGAGGGAACUCGCAGAAGCGUGCUGGUCUGCUGCGACACGUGUUCGCUCAGUGUAUGCGUCACCUGGACAUCCGACUGGAAAGCGAAGGCGUAAGGAGCGCUGUCAUGAUCCGGAUCCUCGUGACUCGGUGGAAGUGUCAUGUGACUGUUUUCAUGUGACCUUCUCAAAGCUAGCCUUGAACUGUUGCAGAUCCAAGCACCACUGAAUCCUAAAGUACUUAGGAUUUAAGUAAUUUAUUGUUUAUUACUGAAAAUAAAAAUGAGUAAAAUGGAAAA